AUGCUUCCGAGAAGACUGUCCAAAACAGUGGCACGGUCCCUGCUUUUGCGGCAAUCUCCUCGACAUGCACCACCACCACAGCUGAAUCUGGCGAGACGCGCCUUUUCUGACAAAUUAAUGGGAUUCAGUCCCAUGGCUCCCAGUGCUCCAUCAUCACCCCAACAGCAGGGUGAGAGUCGAAUUCCUACCGCCAAGGAUGUCACCACAGCCGGAGGCAUUUGGGCUCCCACCUCGGCCAAACGCGACAAGUUGAACGAACUGCGAACGGAACUCAAGGACGGUAUGGAAAGCUUGGACGAUGCCGCUACCGAAAGUCAAUUGCAAGAUUUGUACCUCGUAGAUGGUUUGCAACUCAUUUCCAAGACGAUUGAUUCUACCACGGAUAUUACUACCCCAGUCAUUGCAGAAUGUUCGGAAUGGUUGGUGGAACAACAGGCCAAAAUGCCCGAAGGAAUGGACAAGGACAAGUGGGAAGCUCAUUUGGCAAUUGUCAAAGAACACAUUGAUACCAUGAAGAACAGCCAUAUAUCAUCGACAUCUAACUGCCUUAAAGAUGUCAGAGACUAUCUAGAUCCGACCUCGAUUGAAGAACAAGACGAAUUGGAAAAACAUACAUCGGAACCUUUGCUGCAAGUCCAGGACGAACCCUUUUCGCAGGCCGUUUUGUUGUUGAGAUUUCAAUUGAUGGAAGCCGCCAUGGAACACUUUUUGGCCUCCUGGGAUGCUUGUACGACGGUGUCGGACGGAGACGUGGAUCGGGCAGCCACCCAGGGAAUAUCUGUAGAGCCACAAGCCAGGACACUGCCCACCGCCAAGGUGUACAAGUACUUGUUUGCACACUUGUCAGGAAGUUGUUCGGAACGAGUGGAUGCGGCAUGGGACUUUAUUGAUAAGGAUGAUGAUGGUCUAUUGGACGAAUCUGAAAUUACUCUUGUAGCAGAACUGUGUUUAGCUCCAGUGCAGUUGGCAUUGCCACGACUCUUUGAAUUGGCAUUGAAUGAAGAACCAGCGACAGAGGCUGACUUGGCGGCAGCGGCCUUGGAAGCAAGUGACGGCGACGCAAAACCAUCGCCACCGCAAAAGGGGUGGCGACAAAGACGACGCGAGGCCAACAUGAAAAAACAGCUCAUCAAAAUGUUUGACAAAGCCGUUCAGAAAACCUUUGAAGAUGAAGUCGAAAUGCCACAUCGAUUGCGAUGUAUCUAUGCUUGGGCUGAAAAGGCUCAUCAAGACAACAAACUCGAAUCCAUCAUGGUGGAGUCGGGAUGGAGUGACCGCAAGCGAUACGUUGAACUGAGUCCCAAGAUUUCCUUGCCCGAAUUCCGAGAAGUCCAACGAGAACACUUUACUCAUUUGGAUAGGAUCGGAACUGAAAUUCUCAAGAGUUAUCGAGAAGACUUAUGGGUCCUGCAAGGAAAGGGACGAGAGCGAAAAGAAUUGAUGCGAGACAGUGCUCUCUUUAUGGCAGUGGUCAGUCUUGCCGAUUAUCUGAUCCUGGCUAGUUAG